CUAGGGGCGGUACUUUUAAGCUUUGGGCUUGCAAGUAUUAGUAGUAAGGAAAUAGAGACGUUUCCGGACAACUGAGCUUUAAAAACCCCGAAUGACACUCUCCUCUGUACUCUACAAAGCUGUAGACCACCGUGGUCAAGUAGCUGUUGAGAGCAAUGGCUUUUUUUCGCCAGCUUUACCUCCUGCUCUGGAAGAACAUCACCUUCCGCAGGAGAAACAAGAUUCAACUGACCAUCGAACUCCUCUGGCCGCUCUUGCUCUUUCUCAUCCUCAUUGCUGUUCGCAGUUCAAACCUUCCUUUCGAACAAGGCCAAUGUCACUUUCGUAACAAAGCUUUGCCAUCAGCAGGCACCUUGCCCUGGAUGCAAGGUAUAAUCUGCAACAUCAACAAUCCCUGCUUCAACAGCACGACUGCAGGGGAGAUUCCGGGCCAAGUUGGCAACUAUGACAACUCCAUAAUUUCUCGUGUCUUUGUGGACGCACAGGCGCUUUUGUCCCGGACUGCAAACCAGGGAUUCUCAGGCCUGCAGGAGCAGAUGGACAGCAUCAAUAGGCUGAAAGACAUACCUGGAAUGUUGCCUGGAAUGUUGCCAAAAAAUCCCACAAUAGCAGAGUUCCUGAAAGCCAACGAGACAUUUUCCACCUAUUUGCGCAACACUGCCGGGCUUUCACCUGCGGCUGUUGAUCAGCUGCUAAAGGCUCGCCUCAAUUUUCAGAAUUUUCUGGCAAGACCUACGGUGGAUCUAAAGGAUUUGGUGUGCGAUCUAAAUGCAGUAAGAGAGUUUCUGACUGUGGAGGAAGGGGAAACAGCGCUGGUUGAUCUGCAAACUCAGCUGUGUAAACUGCCUGCUGGCAUCCUUGACGAGAUACAGCGCCUCCUUCUCACUCAGCAGGACUUAAUGUCGUUAACGACGGGCAAUGUCAUGCCAGCCAAUGUGGCUGACCGGUUGAACACCAUGCAAGCCACCAACACUAUUUACCAGCAGGUUAAUGGCAUCAUGGAUACCUUCUCCUCCCUUUCCAGUUUCAUAGAUAUGAGCAAGGAACUCCGCCUUAUGUUUACUGAGGAUCAGACAGUUCUACGCCGGCAGCGUUUUCAGGCUUUCUCAAAGAUCAUGUGUAGUCGUCCUGGUCCUGCCGGUGAAUCCAUCCCUUCACUCAACUGGUAUGAAGACAUUGACAUGAAGUCCUUCUUGGGGAAAAACAGCAGUGAAGACAAGAAACGUCAUCGUGGUGAUGCCUUCACUCCUUUUUGUCAGAGGUUUAUUCAAGAUCUUGAAUCCAAUCCCCUGUCUCGCAUUGCAUGGCGAGCAAUGAAACCUCUUCUCAUUGGAAAACUCCUGUACACACCCAACACACCUGCAGUUGAACAAGUUAUGAAAGAGGUUAACCGGACUUUUCAAGACCUGCAGAUCUUGCAGGACCUAUCCAAUGCUUGGUCGGAGCUGGGGCCCAAAAUUAAGAAUUUUAUGACGACUAGUGUGGAAGUUAAGCAACUGAAGCGUUUGCUUCAGCGUCCAUUUUAUGCUGAGGCGGUCAACCUGCAACUGCAGAACACGUCCUGGACAGCCUCACAGAUUGCACGUUUCCUAUCCAAUCCCUCGUCAUAUGCACCACGGAGGCCUGGAGAACUUUCAACCUGGCUGGAUUUAUACAAUCACCUCAACCACUCUAUCACCUCGCUUGCACAAGUCUCUCAGUGUUUCUCCACCAACAAGCUGGAGGGGUUCAACAGUGAAGACCAGCUGAUAAGCAGGGCUUUGGAGCUCCUGGAGGACAGGCAGUUUUGGGCAGGCGUGGUGUUUCUGCUUCCUAACUCUUCUUCUCCUGAGCUGCCGCCGCAUGUCAAAUACAAGAUCCGAAUGGAUAUCGAUGAUGUUACCCGUACUCAUAAGAUCAAGAACAAGUUUUGGGAUCCUGGUCCGGCAGCUGACCCCUUUAACAUGCACUACAUUUGGGGUGGCUUUGUGUAUGUUCAGGACCUGGUGGAGAGAGCUCUGACACGCAUCCUGACUGGAGCACCACAAAAGACAGGCAUCUACGUUCAGCAGAUGCCGUACCCAUGCUUUGUGGACGAUGUUUUCCUCCGAGUGUUGAACCGCACCCUUCCCCUCUUCAUGAUACUGGCCUGGAUCUAUUCAGUGGCAAUGAUCGUCAAGGGUGUGGUGUAUGAGAAGGAAGCCAGACUGAAAGAAACCAUGAAAAUUAUGGGUCUGAAUACAGGAACAUUGUGGCUCAGCUGGUUCAUCAGCAGCCUUGCACCUUUCCUGCUCUCUGCUGCACUCCUUAUUGCUGUGAUGAAGUUGGGUGAAAUCCUGCCAUACAGCAACCCGGCUGUCGUCUUUUUUUUCCUGUUGGCAUUUGCCACUGCCACUAUCACGCAGUGUUUCCUCAUCUCGACUUUCUUCUCCAAGGCCAACAUGGCCGCUGCAUGUGGAGGGCUUAUAUACUUUAGCCUCUAUCUUCCCUACAUACUGUGUGUGGCCUGGCAAGACCACCUCAACACAACUCACAAAGUCUUUGCUAGUUUUCUGUCACCUGUGGCAUUUGGGUUUGGCUGUGAGUGUUUCUCUCAAUACGAGGAGCAAGGCAUCGGUAUCCAAUGGUACAAUUUACAGUCCAGUCCCGUGGAAGGAAACUCAUACAACUUCAGUACGGCUAUAGUUAUGCUUUGGGUGGAUGCCUUCAUCUACACUGUUGCAGCCUUGUACAUCGAAGCCGUGUUCCCUGGUGACUAUGGCAUCCCCCAACCAUGGCACUUUGCCUUUCAUAUCAACUACUGGAUUGGUAUGCCCCUGGAGGCCGCCAUGCCAAUCCCUCCUGCCCCUCCUGACCAGGGUGAAGAUCACAUUGAACCAGAACCAGGUAACCUGGUCCUUGGUGUCAACAUAUCAAACUUGGUGAAAAUCUACAAGAAGGGAGCCAAGUUGGCAGUCAACCACCUCAACUUGAAGUUCUAUGAGGGGCAGAUCACCUCGUUUCUGGGCCACAACGGAGCAGGCAAAACUACUACCAUAUCUGUCCUGACGGGUUUGUUCCCACCUACCUCGGGGACAGUGUACAUUAACGGGAUGGACAUCCGCUACGAUAAGGAUGUCAUCCGAAGGACCCUAGGAGUGUGUCCACAACACAAUGUCCUGUUUGACACUCUAACAGUGGAGGAGCAUGUGUGGUUUUAUGGAUGUCUCAAGGGUUUGCCUGAAGCACAGGUGAAGGCAGAAGUGGACUCUCUGCUUGAUGAUGUCGGUCUGCUCCACAAGCGACAUGAACAGACCAAAAACCUCUCUGGUGGCAUGCAGCGGAAGCUGUCUGUGGCAAUUGCAUUUGUUGGCGGCUCCAAGGUGGUUGUUUUGGAUGAACCUACAGCAGGGGUUGACCCGUACGCCCGCAGGGGGAUUUGGGACCUGCUGCUCAAAUACCGCAAAGACCGAACCAUCAUCCUGUCCACUCACUACAUGGACGAGGCGGAGCUACUUGGUGAUCGGAUCGCCAUCAUCUCCAACGGGAAGCUAUGCUGCUGUGGCUCGCCACUCUUUCUUAAAUCUAAACUGGGAUCUGGCUACUAUCUGACUGUGGUCAAGAAAGAACAGUUGAACCCCAGCACACCCACCAGUACCAGAAACGGCAAGGACAAGCCUGCUCUAACCAAGGACAGCAGUUUAUUCAUUUGGGGAGACAUCGGGCCGGGUAGUGAGGGCAACACCUCACAUGUGGCUGCACUGCUCUCUUUGGCACAACACCACAUUCCUGGUGCAAGGCUGGUGGAAGAAUCAGGUCGUGAGGCACUGAUAAAUCUACCCCAGGAAGCCGCAAAGAACAGCAGCUUGGCUGUCUUCCUGUCUGAACUGGAUCGGAACCUAGAUGAACUUGGAAUCAGCAGCUACGGCUUGUCUGACAGCACUUUGGAAGAAAUCUUCCUUCGAGUGGCAGAGGAAAGUGAUGUUGAUGCUGAACCAGCGCCGGACCCCAAUCCUUCUCAGCGGCUUCACCCAUCAAAGCAGAGGCAACAUUCGGAAGAACCAGAGACAGGAAGGAAGUGGCUUCGUAAUCAAGAACCUCUGGAGACGGACAUGCUGAGUGGAGAUGGUCGAGGUGGGUUACCCUUGACUGGAUUGCGGCUGGCCUGGCAGCAGCUCAGAGCUCUCUUCAUCAAACGAUGGCUGUAUGCUCGCAGGAGUCGUCGGGGAGUCUUUGUUCAGAUUGUCCUGCCUGCUGUGUUUGUGUUGGUCGCUCUGAUCGCCAGUCUCAUUGUACCAGCACCAGGAAAGUAUCCGUCCCUGCAGCUCCAGCCAUGGAUGUAUGGAGAACAGUACACUUUCUUCAGCAAUGAUGCUCCUGGAAAUGAAACCAUGAACAACCUACUGGACGCUCUGCUGGACCAGCCAGGUUUUGGAACCAAGUGCAUGGAGAAGGAAAACAACAGCGUGAGCCCUCUGUGUGACAGCCAGCCGGGACGUAUGUUCAUGCGGCCUCAGAUCUCCUACUCCACCUGGGAAAUGUUCAAUAAAGGCAACGGGACCAAAGAGAAGACUUCUCCUGACUGCCAAUGCAGCACAGAGGCUCUAAGACGGAUGCUCCCUGAUUGUCCGGAGGGGGCAGGCGGACCUCCGCCACCACAGAUCAAGAGGCAGACUGGUGACAUUCUCCAAAAUCUGACCAGUUAUAACAUCUCAGAUUACCUGGUGAAGACCUACCCUCAAAUCCUUAAGAGGAGCCUGAAGACCAAGAAGUGGGUGAAUGAAUUUAGGUAUGGUGGUUUCUCUCUGGGAGGAAAUACUAUCCCGUCUUCAUCUGAAUUGUCUGUUCGAAGUUCCAUUCAGGCACUCAAAACCCAAUAUUCUAUUCCACAGGGUAGUGCUUUGGAUCAAUUCCUAAACAAGCUACCUGGUGUCAUGGAACGACUUAACACUCCAAACAAUGUCAAGGUGUGGUUCAAUAACAAAGGCUGGCAUGCUAUGGUGUCAUUUGUUAAUGUGAUGAACAACGGCCUUCUCAGGGCCGGCCUGACACGCGGUCCGCAGAGACUGAGACAUGGUAUCACUGUCUACAAUCACCCAUUGAAUCUCACCAAGGAGCAGCUUAGCCAAAUGGCCAUGAAGACGACAUCGGUGGACCUUAUUAUUUCUGUCUGUGUGAUGUUUGCCAUGUCCCUGGUGCCAGCCAGUUUUAUCCUUUUCCUGAUCGAGGAGCGAGCCUGUAAAGCCAAACACCUCCAGUUUGUCAGUGGCGUCAAACCAAUCCUCUACUGGGUGACAAACUUCUCUUGGGACAUGCUGAACUACACGGUCCCGGCUGUCAUGGUUGUGCUGAUCUUCGUCUGUUUCCAGCAGCAGGCUUACGUCUCGGAUACCAACCUGCCGGCUCUCAUCCUGCUUCUCCUCCUCUAUGGGUGGUCCAUCACUCCCUUGAUGUACCCAGCAUCCUUUGUAUUUAGCGUUCCCAGCACGGCCUAUGUUUUUUUGACCUGCAUCAACCUCUUCAUCGGAAUCAAUGGCAGCAUUGCAACAUUUGUCCUGGAAUUGUUUGAAGAUGAGCAUUUGAGUAAGGUGAACGAAGUCCUGAAGAAGAUGUUCCUCAUCUUCCCGCAUUUCUGUUUGGGACGAGGACUCAUCGACAUGGCUAAGAACCAAGCCAUGGCCGAGGCCUUUCAGAGACUGGGCACCACGCAGACCCUGGACCCUUUCCAGUGGGACUUUGUCGGGAAGAACCUCUUCGCUAUGGCAGUAGAAGGUGUUGUCUUCUUUAUUUUCACCAUACUGUUGCAGUACAAGUUCUUCAUGCGCUGCAGACCAUGGUGGGUUGUGUCUGAGAUCCCUCCUCUCGGCCCAGAAGAUGAGGACGUGGCCAAGGAGAGAGAGCGGGUCAAACGUGGCGAAGUGAACACUGACAUUCUGACCAUGAUGGACCUGAGCAAAGUGUAUAAAGCUGGCAGGAAGCCGGCAGUGAAUCGUCUCUGUCUGGGGAUUCCUCGUGGCGAGUGUUUUGGUCUGCUUGGUGUCAAUGGAGCAGGAAAGACGACAACAUUUCGCAUGCUGACAGGAGACACACCCAUCACCUCUGGAGAGGCUCUCCUCAACCACUACAGUGUCCUGACAGAGAUGGAGCGGGUUCACCAGAUGAUGGGCUACUGCCCGCAGUUUGACGCUAUCUGCGACCUGCUGACUGGCAGGGAACAUUUGGAGCUGUACGCCCGUCUGCGGGGGGUGACCGAGGAGUCAGUCACAAAGGUGGCUCAGUGGGGUGUGAAGAAGCUGGGACUGAGCCAGUAUGCUGACCAAGAGGCUUGGCGCUACAGUGGAGGCAACAAGAGAAAGCUUUCCACUGCCAUCUCCUUGAUCGGAGCUCCACCUGUCUUGUUUCUGGAUGAGCCCACCACUGGCAUGGACCCAAAAGCUAAAAGGUUCCUGUGGAACUGCAUCCUCAGCGUCACCAAAGAGGGAAGGGCUGUAGUUCUGACCUCCCACAGUAUGGAGGAGUGUGAGGCUCUCUGCACCAGAAUGGCCAUCAUGGUCAAUGGCAGUUUCCGGUGUCUUGGCUCAGUGCAGCACUUGAAGAACAGGUUUGGCGACGGCUACACCAUCAUUCUUCAUCUGACAGACACCAGUAAAUCAGAUCCAGACUCAUGCCCCAUCAACAAUUACAUCACUCACACCUUUCCCGCCAUCGAGCUGAAGGAGCAGCACCAGAACGUGCUGCAGUACCAGCUGCCCUCGCACGCCUGCUGCCUGGCUCGACUGUUUGACGUGCUGGCCAACAACUACGAGGAGCUGGGUAUCAGUGACUUCUCUGUUUCACAAACCACCCUGGACCAGGUCUUUGUCAACUUUGCAAAGGAGCAGACUGAUGACUACCAGCUCAUAGACGUGAUCAUCAGUAAUGGGGAAGUACAUACCAACCCGGGCUCCCCGCAACCUCAGAUUAACCCUCCUACCACCCAUUCCCCGCCAUCAUUCCCGCUGAAGCAAAGGCCAUUCAAAGAUCAGGCAGAAAAGAAAGGUAGAAAAAGAGGUAAAAGCCGCCGACGCUUGAGUGGUAGUAACGAUGAGGAUGGUGGCACUCAGGGAGCGGUGAGUCUGUCAAAUCACAGCCGUAAAGAUCCUUUUGCUCUCUUUAUAGUUGGCACCAGCACAGAGGACACCUCGCUGUGACAAAGUCAGAAUUCAGCUACGAGCUCUGUUUAUGUCUGUGUUCAGUUGGAAUGUGGAGCCAACCUGGAAGUUAAGAUAUUAGAGCCCGGAAAGCUCCUGGAUUUACGACAAGCAUGGACCUAUCUUACAGCUCCUGGAUUUACUACAAACAUGGAUCUAUCUUACAGCACAGACAGUUGUGGCCAAAAGUUUUGAACAAGCGUUGGUUUUCACAAAGUUUGUUGCUUUGAUGUUUUAAGCUCUUUUUGUCAGAUGUUACUGUGUUGUUCCCCAAGCCACUUCGCUAUCACUUUUGCCUUUGGCAAAGGCAUUAUCCGUCACCAAACUGUUCUUGGAUGGCUGGGAGAAGUGGCUUUCCGAGGCCGUUUUGGUACCAUUCUUUAUCCAUGGCUGCGUUGUUAGGAAAAUUUGUGAUUGGCUGAGAAGCAACCCCACACAUGAAUGAUUUCUGUAUGCUUUACUGUUGGCAUGACACAGGGCUAGUAGUAGUGCUCACUUUUUCUUCUCUGGACAAGCUUUUUUCUAGAACAAACAGAAAAGGGAUUCAUAAGAGGAAACGGUUUUACCCCAGUCUUCAGGAGUCCAUCCAUCCAUUUUCUAUGCCACUUCUCCUCAUUAGGGUCACAGGGGCAUGCUGGAGCCUAUCCCAGCUGACUUCGGCCAAUGGCAGGGCACAUGUAGAUAAACAACCAUUCACACUCACAUUCAUACCUAUGGACAAUUUAGAGUCGCCAAUUAACCAAACAUGCAUGUUUUUGGAAUGUGGGAGGAAACCGGAGUACCUGGAGAAAACCCACGCGCACAUGGGGAGAACAUGCAAACUCCACACAGAGAUGCCCAAGGGAGAAUCGAACCCAGGUCUUCUCGAUUUCCAGACUGUGACUGUGUAGCCACUAGACCACCGUGCGGCCUUCAGGAGUCCAAUCACUGUAUAUUUUACAGAAUACCAGUCUGUCCCUGCUUUCCUAAAGAGAAGUGGCUUCUAUGCGCCUUUCUUGACACCAGGCCAUCUUCCAAAAGCCUUUGCCUCACUGUGCGAGCAGAUGCUCUCCCACCUGCCUGCUACCUUUCUUGAGCAAGUGCUGCACUGGUGGUGUCCUGAUCCCACUGCUAAAUCAACUUUCAGACUUUGCUUUCUGGACUUUCUUCGGCGUCCUGAAGCUUUUUUCACAAAAGUUGAGCCUCUUUCCUUGAAGUUCUUAAUGAUCUGAUAAAUGGUUGGUUGAGGCACAAUCAACCAACUAUUGACUGGUUGACUGGUCGCAGCAAAAUCAUUGCCUUUUUGUGCAAAGUAAUGACGACUGCAUGUGUUUCCUUUCAGGAAACCAUGGUUAAAAGCGGAAAAAGGACGAUUUUCUGUUAUUCUCACUAACGCGAGAUCGACAGGCGCAUUGGUGCGAUGUCUGCGGACUCUGCAUCGGCCCGUUGUGGCGAAGAGCGAGCUGAGCCGAAAGGCAAAGCUCUCAAUUUACUGAUCGAUCUAUGUUCCUACUUUAACCUAUAGUCAUGAGUUUUGGGUACUGACCAAAAGGACAAGGUCGCAGGUACAAGUGGCUGAAAUUAGUUUUCUCGGGCGUCUGGUUAGGAUGCCCCCUGGUCGCCUCUCUAGUGAGGUGUUCAGGGCACGUCCGACCAGUAGGAGGCCUUGGGGAAGACCCAGGACACGUUGGAGACACUGUCCCGCAACUGCCCUGGGAUCGCCUCAGGAUCCGCCGGGAGGGGGAAGUCUGGGCUUCCCUGCUUAGGCUGCUGCCCCCGCAACCCGAUCUCGGAUAAGCGGAAGAAGAUGGAUGCGUUAUUCUCACUCAGUCAGAAUGACCGAGCCUUUGUCCCUGUUAACACUCUCACCUACUGUAUGUUAACCAGAGAAUCCCUAACAUGAUGUCAUCGGGUCCUUUUGUGGUAGGGCUGAGAUGCAGUUCAAUGUUUUUUGAGGGGGGAUUAAGUUCAUUUUCAUAACAAAGAGGGACUUUGCAAUUAAUUGCGAUUGAUCUUAUCACUCUUCAUAACAUUCUGGAGUAUAAGCAAAUUGCCAUCAUGAAAACUGAAGCAGCAGACCUUAUGAAAAUUUGUCAUUCUCAAAACUUUUCGCCAUGACUGUAUAUACUGAUUCCGCAGUGGCAUGUCAUCCUCUGUAGAACUGAGACGCGGUGCUUCCAGUAAUGACUUCAGUGCCUUGUUCAAACCUUAUCACAGCUUUAGCUUUGCACUCUUCUGUUGCUUGCUCUUUUCACUCCAAACUCAGAUUUGAUGCUUCCUAAGUCGUGUGUGAACGGCAUUCCUCAGGGGCUGGUCAUUAGACCUCUUACAAUGUCAACCUUUUUUUUUGCACUUUAAAAAGGAAAAGGCUGUAAACACUCAAAAUUAUACCUCUGAUAUUAUAUCGUGGGACAAAUGAGGUUCCAGUAUUUUCUUUUCAUCAAACAGUGGAACCCGUUUUAAGCCAACAAACUGUCUGUCGACCAACUCAUUAAGUCUUGGUCCACCGUGUUCUUCUUAUUACUAUAAAGCGCCCGCUUACGCCUACGUCGGCGAGCACGGUCGACCGCAUAAAAUGUGACACUUAAAAGGGGUCAUUUCUUCGAAACAUCGGUCUGUCUCGUCACACGGUAUUGAAACAUGCUCACAGUGACUUCCUGUUCAGCGAAAAGUAAGCUUCAACCUGGAUUCUACCAGCAACUAGCAAAAUGCACCCGUUUAAAGAUUGGCGUAUGUACAACAGCUUUGUCAUUGUCGUCAAGACAUACAAAGAAAUUACCGCAGUAGUACAGUAAGGCAAGUAUAAAAUAUUGCAUGAAAACAGGAAUGUAGGAAACUCAUGUGAACAAAUGGCCGUAAGUUCAAAAAUAGUAUAUUGUCGCCAUUCUCCUUAUGCCUCUGGAGAAAGUCAGUCAAAAGUAAAAGCGCAAGCAAUGGCUAGUUUUGUUUUCGAUUAUGUCGACAACCGCUUAUGUCAGCCAGUCCGUGGGGCGUCGACUUAAACAGGUUCCACUGUCUGUGUUUUUCUUUGACUUGAACUUCUAAAAUAUUUAUGUGGGACAGCAUCACUUGAUAUUUGUGUUUUCUUAUUUAAUUUUCAGAUUACGAGUUUGUUUUUUCUGACAAUUUGUUCAAUCCCACUACUAUUGAUGUGCAUGGAGCUCUGCUGCAAUAUCUUGUCUGAAAAAUUAUAAUAAUACUGUUACAUAUUUAUUAUUCUAUUUAUUGUAAGACAUUUUUUUAAUUUGUGUCUAAAUAUUCUCUUCCAACCAAAAAUAGGUAACUACACUGUGAUGUCACGCUGGAGAUUGCAGACUUGAUGGGAGGAAAAAAAAAUAACAAGAACUUGUUGUACAAAUGUGUGUUUCCGGAAUGAAAACAUUUACCCCUGAAUGUUUUUUAAGCUGUUACAUAGUUGCACUUGAAGCAUGAUUGUUUGGCUCGUCUACAUGUAGUCAGUCGGCUGGUCACUAGAUGCUGAAAACAUACUAAUGAAGAGAACGCUUGUACUGUAUAUGUCCUAUAUCAGGAGUGUCCAAAGUGCUGCCCGGGGGCCAUUUACCGGCCGUGCCUGUUUUUUUUUUUUUUUUUUUUGGCUCUCAGCAUCUUCUAAAAAUAUAAUUUAACAAGGAAAAAAAAAGCAAAAAUUACAAAAAUCUGUAAUUGUGCAAGAAUAGAUUCUAAAUAAUAGGAAACAAGUUGUAAUUUAAUGAGAAAUGUUAUGAUUUUACAAGAAUAAGGUAAUAUUACAAGGACAAAUGAUGUUAUUUUAGUAGCAUAAAGUUGAAAUAUUAAGGGACAACAUUAAUUUAGUUUUAUUUGAACAUGCAUGAAGGUUACAAUGGAAUACAUCUCAUGAAUCAUCCUUUCACAGUUCCACAUGUCCAAAAGGAGUAGGAAGAAUCAUCCUUCCCCCUCUUCCAUUCCACAUCUUGUACAGUACAUAUUAUUCACUUCCUGCAUUCCAUGUAAUAUUAUUCCAUAUAAUAAUCAGUGUAAUAAUAAAUAAUAAUAACAAACAAGCAUGACAGAACAAUCAGUGUAAUGAUCAAGACUCUUCUGCUUUGUAUUUAGAAAACAUCUCCUGCUUGUGUUGGUUUUUGUGUUUGCUCAUCUCGGUACAUUGUUUGACUUCCUUACUCAAUCCAUUCCAUAGUUGAACUCCCCAUACAGAAAUGCUGUGGGUUUUCAGCCUUGUUCUCUCAUAUAAGUGUUUUAAAUUUGAUUUUUUUUGGAGAAACAAGGAAUAAAGUUGUACUUUUUGGAAAACUAGGGUGCGGAAAAAGUUACAAUGCUAUGGGAAUGUUCCCUCGUUCUAUCGCAGUUUUUCUUUUUUGUUACAGUGUGUGAACGCUGUUACAGGCCUGUGUCAUCGCAACUUGCAUGUUGGCUUGUCAAUGAAUCUUGGCUGCGUCUGCAGCAAUAUGUUUUAACAAGGAUACAAAAACGCUACAGUAGAGCAGAACGGUGCCAGGACAGAAAGGCACGGCCACAUGAGUGAAAUAUGAGUGAGUGACUUAAUAAUUUCUUGUGUUGAUCAUUAAUGUUGAUCAUUCAAAUUCAAACAAGAGAGAAAUGUUAUUGCCUGUCUGAGAAAAGUGUAUAUAGUGUAUGGUGAGGGGUUUUUACAAUAAUUGUAAAAAAAAAAAAUAAUAUUGGCUACUUCGAGGAUUUCACUUAUUGCGGGCUAUUUUGGGAACCUAUCCCCCGCGAUAAACGAGGGAACACUCUAAAGUCAAAAAUAUUUAAAUAUAAAUAUAAAGAAAAUUUACAAGAAGAAAGUUGAAAUAGCUGAAAAAAAAGUCGAAAUGAUACUAAUUUCACAUGAAUAAACUACCGAGAGAAACAAUUUGUAUUCUAACGAGAAAGAAAUUGUAAUUUUAUGAGAAUAUACUCGGAAUAUUAUGAGGAAAAAUUUUGUCAUUUUAGUAGCAAAGAGUUGAAAUAUUAAAGACAAUGUGUUAUAUUUAAAAAGCUGUAAUAUGACAAACAAGCAAGAAAAAAGUUGUCAUUUUUGGAAAAUUAGGUUGGGGAAAAAGUUAUAAAUAAUAGGAAUAAAGUCACAAUAUUACAAGAAGAAAAUGUACAAAGACUAUUUGAAAUAUUGAGUUGAAAUAUUUGGAAAAUGGGGGGAGCCCAAAGACCAAAGUUUGUCCUAAUAAGUUUUUUUUCAUCUACAUCACAAAGCUGAGAUGCAGUUUUUUCUUGAAACAUAACUUCUUUGCAUAUCUACUUGCAUGCUUUCAUUUUUCAGUAUGUGGCCCUCGGUGGAAAAGGUUUGGACACUCCUGUCCGACAUGAAUGUCUGAUCGGCCAUUUGGGAGAGUAUCACUGCAGAGGAUGAUGCAUCAAAAUCAAAACUGUUUACUGCUUUACUUUUAUUGUACUUGUAUUUAUUCAUCCUUUUAUGACUUACUGUGGUACAGGGUUUUUUUGUUUUGACAGUUACAUAUCCUCUUUUUCAGUCAUUACACAAAGUAUGUUGCUUCUGUUAUAACAAUCUGAAGCUUGAAAACUUGAAAUUAAGCACCGGUGCUGUGUUCCAACUUUUGUAAUGACCUUUUUUUCAUGUUUUUUCAACUAUUGCAGUCAAUCAAUUUCCAUUGUUGGUUAUUUAAUAAAAACUAAUGUUCUCAUUUAAACUCAGAAGACUUCUUCCUAUUGUCUGUCAAUAAUUGCAUUUUAAAAUAAGGGGCAAUUUCCGUAAGUGCAAAUAAGGGAAAUAUUGGUAUCGGACUACUAGCAAAAUUUAUAGCAUGCACACAAACGCCACUCCUCCCCAUUGAAUAGGAAAGCUGUUACACGUGUGGUUGAGUGGCGAUAAU